AUGAGGUGUGCUGCGUGUACGUGUAAUUCUGACAAUCAGUCAAAGAAAAAUCCGUGUGAUAAAAGCGUCAAGUUUUACCGAUUUCCCAAAGACUCUAGUUUGUGCAAGCAGUGGUUACAUGCUACAAAAAGAAGAGACAAAGUGAACGUUAAAACCGCUGUUAUUUGUUCCAAACAUUUUCUGGAGAGUGAUUAUGAAACCAAUUUAAGACAUAAACUUCUUAUUAGUUACACUCCCAAAAAUUAUCGUGGUUUGAAAGACGAUACAGUUCCUACCCAGAAUCUACCCCUAUCCCAAGUUUGUUUUGAUAAUCUAAACCUAAACGGAAUCGAAAACUUCUUGCCAAAAAGAGGCAAACGUCUCAACUUGUGA